AUGACCUCCAGAUUCAUUAACCCACCAAUCGAGGGAAGACAUCUGAAGUUUGUAUUCCAGAAUCAAGAAAUGCGUUUGGAUUUCCCUGCGUCGAUUUCUGGCCAAGCUAUCUGUGAUAUGCCGUCUAAUGCAACAGUUACGGCGUCUGCACCGGCGAAGUGUGUCAUUGUUGGGGAUCCCCACGUCACAAACUUAGAUGGCAAACAACAAUUACUGAAUGCGGUGUGCAGGGUUAUUUUAUCAGAGACUUGUGUGCCUACCAAACCUGGCGAAGCGCCUCUCCAACCGUUCUCAGUUACCGGAAGAAACAGACCUAUUAAGCCAGGCAGCUCCAGAACAUACAUAGAGGAACUCACAUUUAAAAUGUUUGCUACCACUGCUGAUAUUAAUGUCAACGGAGAUGUGAAGGUAAAUGGCGUGAAUCGGACAGCGACAACCGCCCGUGUAUACAUUGGCAAUGGCUUGCAGCUCUAUCUCGCCAGUUUAACUAGAGGAAACCAUCAACACCCUGCCGUUUUUGUUGAGGCCCCCAAUGGUCUGAAGGUUGCCCUUACCGUUCCUGAGGGGGGAAACUUUAAGCCAGGACAUCAUGCCGAAAUAACUACCCCUGCGGAAUAUGCAGGCAAGCUUUGUGGGGUUUGUGGAAAUUUCAAUGGUGAUCCGAAUGACGAUGACGAGGCUUGUUACGGACAAUCUCCAGCAGACUGCGACAUAUGGCAUCCAUCGGAUGGAUCAAAGUAA